CGGACGGCUUCAAUUUUAAAUUUAUUAGAGAAAUGUGGGAUGCAAUUAAAGACGAUAUGAUGGGUUUUGUUGAUGACUUUCACAGAAAUGGGAAAUUGGUCAGAGGAGUGAAUAGCUCCUUGAUUGUGCUGGUACCCAAGGUUACUAAUCCCCAGAAAAUUGAGGAGCUCAAGCCCAUAUUCCUAAUCGGCGUCAUGUAUAAGGUGGUAGCGAAACUCCUUGCAAAUAGAAUUAGCUCAGUUCUGGGCAGCAUUAUUGGAGAAAGCCAAAUGGCCUUCAUCAGAGGAAGACAAAUGGUGGAUAGCAUAGUAAUCGCCAAUGAAACAAUUGAUGCAGCGAAUAGAAAUAAGAAGGCUAGCUUCAUGUUUAAAAUGGACUUCGAGAAGGCUUAUGAUAAGGUAUGCUGGGAAUUUCUAGAUUACAUGAUGUUGAGGAUGGAUUUUGAUCCAAAAUGGAGAAGGUGGAUCAAGGAAUGUCUAAAAACAACAGAGGUGUCAGUUCUACUCAAUGGCAACACUACCAGACAAGUUAAUAUCAACAAAGGUUUGAGACAAGGCGACCCACUCUCACCUUAUUUAUUUUUACUGGUCGCAGAGGGUUUUAAUGGUAUUAUUUCUUCAGCAAUCAGCCAUGGUCUUUUCGAAGAAAUAGAUAUUGGCAGUAGAGGUAUGAAAGUGUCUCAUUUACAGUUCACCAAUGAUUCGAUUCUAUUUGGCAAGGCUGUGGAGAGCAACAUAUGGGCAACAAAAAGUGUAAUGAGAAUCUUCGAGUUGGUAUCGGGAUUGAAGACUAAUUUUGGGAAAAGCCAACUCUUUGGAAUAAAUGUUUCUGAUGAAUGGAUGUCAAAAAUGGGUCACAUUUUGUGUUGCAAGCAAGGAGCAUUCCUAUGUAGAUAUUUGGGGGUACCAAUUGGAGGCAGCAUUAAAAGUAUUGCACUAUGGAAACCGUUGAUCGAUACUUUUGAGAAAAAAUUGAGCCAAUGGAAAGGUCGGUUCCUUUCUUUCGGUGGAAGGAUUACACUCCUUAACGCAGUGCUGCCAGUCUUCCAGUGUUCACCAUGUUUGUGCACUUGCUCCCAAAAGGAUAAAAUACCUAUGAAACUCAACCUUUAUAAGAGGGGAAUUAUUCUUGAUCCAAACCAAGUGAUGUGCAGCCUAUGUGGAACCAACAUUGAAGAUGCCAAUUACCUUUUCAUUCACUGUAGAGUGGCUUAUUUGGUAAGAGGCAAAUGCGCACAAUGGUGGAGGUUCCUCUCAGUUCAUCCUAUGACCUACCAUGAUGACUUCGAGCAACACAGACCCCCUGUUAAAGACCCACUAGUAAAAGCCGAGUGGGAUGUGGUAUGGUUCUCCACCAUGUGGACAACGGGAUAUUCUUUCAAUCUGUAUGAGUGGAUGCUUGAACCUGCUUUAAGCCUCAAAGCCAAACGAGGUUAAGAGAAGGAUUCUAGAUAGUGGAUGUUUUGGCAUUGUUUCUUGGUAUGUCUCACUGAGCAACUAUUUGACUUUGGUUGUUUCAUUUUGUUGUCACAUGUUCUUGUGAGGUAUUGGUAGCUGUAGUCAGUGGAUGCUCAGUGAUUACUUUCUGUGUACAAGGGCAGGAGUACCCCUUGUACUCCAUCUAAAUAAAUUCCUUUGCUGUGC